AUUAGAAGUCCCGUGAUGUCAGGGGAGUGCUAGUCUUAGCAUAGCAUCGGAAUGCCUGCAGUGCCUUUCUCGAUUUGGCUUUAAAACUUAUUAAUCGUUUAUUGCCAGCCAACAGUUUAGUUCCGCUGUCCUCUACCGAUAUGGGUUUACGAAGGCUGUCGGCGGACGUAACCUCCCGCGCGGACGUUAACAACGCGAUGCAUCCUCCCAUGAGAUUUAACGAGAUGCCAGUCGGUUAGCGUCUCCGGAGCCUGAGGUCGGAUUUGUGUGCCACACAAGGUAGUAGGGUAGUUAAUAAGCUGUGGCAAGUUAAUUACAAGCUACACUCAGGCUGGGAACUAGUAGUAAUGGCGCGGUUUGUGUUGGAGCAGUUGUCAGAUUUCGGGGACUACAGUGGCGGUAAAGAGCUACCUGAAAUACUGGAGCUGACUAAUAACGAGCACAAGAGCAGCCUGACAAACGUCCGCCUGAGCCCAGAUGGACGUCACAUCCAUGUCAUCCUCCGCAAGCCUAACGUCGGCCUUGUGACUUUUGACAGGUAUGAGAGACCCCAGUUGGUCCAGAACCAGAAGAAACUGGAUUUGAGGUUGUCACGAACCGUGCCUAUUGUGGAUGUUUUAUAUUUGGACCAAAAUAAUAACAGCAGUAGCAGAGGCACAGCAGUUGUGGCAGUGGUGUAUGAGACUGGAAAAGCUGAGUUUUGGAAAUUCCAGGAGUGCAAACCAGGCUGGCAUCUCCUGCAAACAUCGGAGCUGUGCAACAGCCCCCGGGCCAGAAUAGUGUCUGUCUGUGCCUGCUCCAAUCUAAUCAUCUGGUGUGAGGAGCGCCCAUCCUCAGAAAGCUCCCCUGAAUUCAGCUCCACAAAGAAUAACUUGAGAUACUGUGUUUGCAGACGAGACUUUGAAGUAGAAGAGGUGGCUGUCAUCUUGGGAGGAGUGAAAAUCGCUCUGCACAGCAAUCCUAAAUUCACUGUUGUCAGCUCAGGUAAAAAUGUGCAUCUUCUUCCUGACUUGAGAGUGAAGCCACUGUUGAGCAUCUCCAAAUUUCUCCUGUCCUGGUCCCCACACCAUGACACCUUCAGGAUCAACACCACAUGUAAAAACACUCCCCUAAAAAGGCUUUCUGCUAAAGAGUCUGACUUUAAGAAGGUGGUGACAGACUGUUUGGGUUAUUUAUCAACUCUUGAGCCACCUGAGAUCUAUGACUGCGCUCCUACAGGCUGUGGAGGCCUGCUGCUGCUGCUCAGCACGGGUUGGCUGUGUCUCCUGCAGAAAGAUGGGGUGCUGUGGAAGGUAUACAAACUGACAGACAACCAUUUGUUAAAAUAUGGGACUCACACUAGCCUCUGCAUAUACCGGGACACCCUGGCGCUGCUGGUAGGACAACACUUGCAUCUGAUUGAUUUGAACUGCGGCAGGGAGCUGGAAAAUUUUGUGCUGAAGAGAGAGGCGUUAUUAUUUCCAAACCGGGCUGAAAUAUGGACACCACACCUUCUUUCAGACAAUGGACUUUUUGUGGUAGUGAACAAGGAGAAAGACACCAGAGAUUUCAACUCUAAAAUGAAGUCUUCUGGUUUCAGCACAGCAGAGAGUAUUCCAUCUGCAUUCAUCCUGGUAGAGGCUGUCUUUAAAGAGGCCUGUAAAUACUACCAGCAGAGGAGCCUGAGUAGCACCCAGCUCACUGUGGACAUACUGAAGAAAGGAGGUAGGUUCCAGGCUCCCAUCUGUUUAGCUUCCAUCCUCAGGGACUACUUCAGCACAGGGUCAAGUGAGAAGGGAGCAGAAAUGUCUGAGAAUGGAGGAGAUGGAAGUAUGGCAGGGCAAGACAAGCUAAUGGGCUUUUUGGAACCUGAGCUGAAGGUUCUGGCGUCUCUGGAGGAGGUGAAGGUGAGUUUGGUAAGGGGAAGUGUUAAAGAGGUGGAUGCAGUGUGUGAAAGUCUAGUUGAGACAGAAGUAGCCAGGCUGCUGUCGUCCUCGGAGCUGGAUAAAGAGGUUCUGCUUUACCUCAACUCCAUCUUCAGCAUCUUCCCUGGCCAGGCGUGGAGGGCGGUGCAGGCGGCCCUCCAGCUGCACUACAAUGGGGAGGGCUCUCUUUCCAGCAGGGCUUCCCCAGAUGUGUGGAAAGCUGUCCUCAGCCCUGCUUCGACUUCCAGCACCCCAGUCUCCCUCCACUUCACAAACGGAGGCCCAAAACACAAUCACAGCCUUAAAGGUGAUUACAUUACUAACUGUAAAUCCAAAUCUCCGAGCUCCGGUCCCCCUACUGCCCUGCCUGUGUUUGAGCUCCUCUGCCAUUCAGUUUUCCACUUCCAACCCAGCUGGCUGCCCAGGUUCCUCGAGCUCGCCCAGAAGCAGAGCUCAGCUGCCCUGGGCCUGAACCUGACCUCUUCUUCCUGGAGCUUCUCCACUGGGAGAGGAGGGGAGACCAGGGAGAAAGGUGUGCCACUCUACAAACGAGCCCUGCAUGUCUUGUCCAGCCUGAGCCUGGACAGAGACCAGCAGCAGGACUUGGAGGUGGAGCUGCUGCUGGUAAGUUGGCGGCCUAACGCCAUCCUGCAGGCACUGAGGAUCCUCAUGGCCAAGCAGGAGUGGGGACGGGUCACCCAGGUGGCCCAGAAAUUUUGCAAACAGAGUCCACUACUCAACAAGGAAAUCUUCACGACUCUGCUGUGCGAAGUGGCCCAGCACAGAGACCUCGACCCCUACCUGGACCUGCUGUGGACGCUGUGCCCCGAGGACCUCACUGUCACCACUAUUCUGAACCUGGUGUUGAAAAACCUUCCCUCCUCCUCCUCCUCCUUCAUGUCCAGUACCACGUCCUCAUCCCCUGCUCCUUUUGCAGACUGUCACAGCAGCCAGUUGACCGUAGGGCUGUUGAAGCCCCUGCUGAGAAAAGUCCUUCAACGGGAGUCCAAACCCAGCCAGCACUACGUUGACAUCCUCCAGUCCCCGUUGUUCCCCCCUCCCGUACCACCUCGUCAGACCAGGACUGUCACAGAUCCCAGCACAGACUCAGCCCUGGACAACAGCGUCGCCGCGGCUCUUCUUGCAGAAACACCCGAGCAGCAGUCGACCACACACGCCGCUGUGCCAGGGACCAAGGUGGCACUACCUGCUAACCCAGUCUGAUCCACAUAAAAACAAACAAACUCUCAAAGUGGAGAACUAAACCUGACUCACGUACAAUCUGACCAACCUGUGAAGCAGUGUGUUGACAAUCAGAUUAAAACUAUCAGCAUAUUACGCAUGUUACAGGUAUCAUUAUUAUAAUGCAGUUAUUUGUGACCUUUGUGUUUUAAGCAGCAAUUUCAGAUGAAGCAUGACUAUUAGAAACUACUAAAUGUGACUACUGAAGGUCUACCCAGUAUAAAUAAUGCAGGUCAUUUUAAGUCUUGCAUCCUGUAUGUGCACAGUUAUUUAUCUCUUGAGCCUUAGCUGCAUGUGAAUGAGGAAGCUCUUACAAAAAAACGCAUUGAAUACAUUUAGCCUUUAUCAAAAUAUCAUCAAUAAAUAAUAUAUUGUGUUAAUACAGUAUAGUGUUUACCUGUUCAGUAAAAGCAAAGCAGCUCCUGUUCUUAGGGUUUGUCUUAUAUGUGUGUAGAAUAUUUGCUGUCUUGACCUUUAAAGUAGCUGGUGUCUGCUAGUUGUAGCUCAGUAUUUCUGCCUUUCACUGGUUGAUGAGAAAUCUUCUCAGUGUUGUUGAAGCAAGCAGCUAUUCUUUUAUUAAUGGUUUCUUUUAAGUGAGGCAUGGUUUAGAAAGAGGGCAGUGUGGGUCCAAGGUUCCAUUACUGCCUUCUAGAGCUUAAACAUUAACCUGGUUUCAUUGGGCUCAACCUAAACACAUAACCUCAGUAAACCAAACCCCAGACAGUCUGCUUGUCUCUAUUUUUCCAUUCCUGUCAUCCAUUUUUGUUCUCGGGACUCGCCUGUCUCUUCCACUCUGCUCCCUCGCAUUCCAACUCACAGGAGAUUCCAGACAGAAUACCAAGUAAAACUGACUCUCAUUUAUGCUUUAAAUUCAAUUUUGGAGGUAAUUCGGUUCUGUUAGUGUGGGUUGGGCGCCCUGCCACUUGCAUAAGGUCAUGUACAUCAUCCUUCAUGGACCCAGUGUGUGUAAUGUUAUUAGGGAUGUUAAGCCCUCUGUCUUUCCCCUGCUGCUUUUCUCCAUGUGCUGAAAAUGCACUGUUGUCUGAGCCAUGCUUUUGAUGCAUCCAUUGAAAUGAAUGUUUUCUGAUUAAGAGCCCUAAAUUACAGUAUAUUUAAGUGCCUAUUGUCUUUGAUUCCUUUAAUGCUUUCUGUUUGAGCAGUUUAUAUGUCAUGUUUUAGUCUCUUUUUUUUUAUGUGGAGCCCUCUGAAACAAAAUGUUAUUUAUUGUGAACAAUGUCUGGGAGACUGAGUAACCCUACGUCUUGCUUCAGACUCCAGAAUGCUGCAGAACAGUCGGUGCCUUUCACGCUGCUGCUCGCUCUUUUUACAGGGCAGUGUUACAUUUCUGUUGUGUCUCCUCAGCUUCAGUCAUAUUCUGGAGAAACGGGGGGUAGAUCAGAGGAUCUGUUCUCUGUUUUGUUGAGGAAAGUGGGGGUUUUAUUUACUGUAAUUGGCUCUUUAUGUGGAGAACAUAUCUAUAGUCAAAGGCAGUUUUUUGUCAUUUUAGUUUCAAUAUGAAACCUGAUGAAUUCUUUUUGUGGCCUGAUUGGUGCAUUAAUAAUGCUAUUGCAAGCUUUAUAUAGACUUAAACAAGCACGACACAAUCUGUGCGACAGAGUUUACUUCGGUGCAGUGAGUUUCACUGUGUAGUGAACAUGUUCCAGCCCAUCUGAAAGUCACUGGGAACUCCCUGACUUCCCCAGACAGGCCGCUCAGCCCAGGGUGAUAACUGUUUAAAUGUUAAACAUUCAUUUGCUUUGAACAUUGUUUCUGUUAAUAAAUAGGAAUUUCUCCUGAGUUUGUCUGACAAGGUUUCACACUUACAUUUGUUUAUUUCAGAUGAUAAACUCUUUUAGGAGAUAUGUGAACAUAUCUAUGAAUGGAUAGAGUUAAAACUAAAGUUAACAUCUUAUCUUUGCUGUCUGAGUUUUAUUUGCUCUGUAUUUGUACAGUGUUCUUCAGUCCAUUCUGACAUCCCUACAAUAAAUACCAAGCUUAUAAUGUU